AGUGUGCACUGAAAGGAAUCUCCACUUCACUGCUCUUCACAGUGAGUGGCGGCAGUGAGGGGGGAGUGGUUUAGACUCACAGUUAGCUAAUCAGAGGGGCCACGGGCAGCUCAAACAAGUGGUUGGGGGCUUGAUGAGAAGAGCACAUGCAGUCUGGCACCGGUAACCUAAAGGGAAUGACACACUACCUCUAACUCCUGAUGCCUUUUUCUCCUCCUUCCACUGAGAGGUAAUAAAAGGAGUCUGCAGAACCUCAAGAGGAUUGUUGAGGGAAGACAUCCAGUCAUUGAGAGAAGAUUAAGGAUAGGUCAACUGACUUAUAAUUGUACUAACUUUGUUUUAAGGUAAAUAUUAUAUAUAGCUAUACUAUGAAGAUGCUGAAUGUGGACUUACUAGUUUUAAGUUUCUGCCUUUGUCUGGGGACAGGACAAAGUGCUGUGGGUAAGAGACAAUAUCAGAUCCAAAACGGGCCGUGUAGCUACACCUUUCUGCUGCCUGAGCAGGAAAACUGCCAAACCCAGAGCAGCAACUAUAACUAUCCAGUUCAAAAGGAUGGACCUGUGGACAACGAGGAGUCGGCUCAGAGGCUGGAACAACUGGAGAUCAUCAUGGAGAACAACACACAGUGGCUGCUUAAGCUGGAGAACUACAUACAGGACAGCAUGAAGCAGGACAUGGUGCAAAUCCAACAGACUGCUGUACACAACCACACAGCUACGAUGAUUGAAAUUGGAACAAACCUGCUGAGUCAAACCGCAGAGCAAACAAGGAAACUGACCAAUGUGGAGGCACAGGUAAUUCAUCAUACAACUCGACUUGAGCGUCAACUUCUUGAAAACUCCUUGUCAACUAACAAGUUGGAAAAACAACUAAUUGUCCAAACAAAUGACAUCAGCAAGCUGAAUGACAAAAACAGCUUUCUGGAGAAAAAGGUGGAGGAGAUGGAGGAGCAGAGGCAGGUGGAGCUGAAGAUGCUUCGCGAUGAAAAAGAGCAGCUUCAGCUUCUAAUACUGAGGCAGACCUCCAUAAUCGGCGAGUUGGAGCAGCAGCUGCUCAAAGUCUCCUCCAACAACACUGUACUGCAGCGUCAGCAGCAGGAGCUACUGGACACCGUGAACAACCUCAUUCACACCAUCUCUGUCGGUUCAGCUCGAGAGAGCAAAACUGUCAUGAUGCAGGACACUCCUACCACAUUCAUGGACUGUGCUGCUGUCUUCAAGGCAGGAAACACCCAAAGUAGAGUCUACACUCUCACAUUACCCAACACUACAACAGAGGUUAAGGCUUUCUGUGACAUGGAGACAGAAGGAGGUGGGUGGACAGUACUACAAAAACGCUUUGACGGCCAUGUUGACUUUCACCGUACGUGGCAAGAGUACAAAAAGGGGUUUGGAGAUCCUUCAGGUGAAUUCUGGUUAGGAAAUGAAUUUGUCUCCACACUGACAAUUCAACAGUCCUAUAAUCUAAGGAUCCAGCUGAGCGACUGGGAAGGAAACUCUGGAUUCUCACAAUAUGACCAGUUUUCUCUCGACAGUGAAGCACAAAAUUACAGGAUACACCUUAAAGGCUUCAGUGGAACAGCAGGCAAAAUAAGCAGCAUCGGGCAGCCAGGAAGUGAUUUCAGUACAAAGGAUGCGGACAACGACAAAUGUGUUUGCAAAUGUUCACAACUGACAACAGGGGGUUGGUGGUUUGAUGCCUGUGGUCCGUCCAAUUUGAAUGGGAUGUAUUACCAACAAGGCCAAAAUUCAAAUCGCUUCAAUGGAAUCAAAUGGUAUUACUGGAAAGGCUCGGGCUACUCACUGAAGUCCACUACAAUGAUGAUCAGACCAGCAGACUUCUCGGGUUCCCUUUGAACUGUCACGCUCAGAUUAAACAAAGUGGGAGGGAAAUUCUGCUGACGAACAGCAACAAACAACAAAACCAAAAAUAAAUAUUCUCAAGGGAACCAAAGCACUUCAUGAACAUAUUUUUACAUACCUUUGGAAAGACAUAUUUUGUGCAUGUUUAUGUGUACAGUAAUUUGAAAUAGAGACUGACAAAAUGACAAAUAUCUAUACUGAAAAUACUUAUGACUGGUAUGUAUAGAUAAUUAGGUAUAAUAAUUACAUUGAGUAAUUACAGCUAGCUAACCAGUCAGAAGAGGCCAGAGUAAAUUGUGACAUUUAAUCUAAUGUCUUUAAAGAUUGUAAUGUCCAAGCACCCAUUUAACUAUGUUUUAAAUAAUAGCUGCCUAAGUCAUUGUAAAAAAAAAAAAAAAAAGAAGAGACAAUGGUACAACACAGAAAAACUGGCUCAAAGUGAUUAUGAUUCUGUUGAAUGCCUAAAAUGUAAAUGCAAAUGUAAAAAAAUGCCACAGAAAAUGUUUCUCUUACGAUGCUGUUUUUCUCCUGAGAAUGUAUGUGCAUUUGUUGUUUAAUUUAUAUGUAGAUUUUAAGUUUGAUAUUUAACAUUAUUAUAUAUGAUGGAGAUUUGUUAGUUUGACAUCUUGAAUCCUAGCUAGUUAACAAUGUUAUUGCACAUAGGCUACACUAAGUGGAAUUCUUUUAAUAUAAUUCUGCAGCACCUUCCCACUUGCUCAUGCAUGAUGAUCUUUUUGCAGUCAUUUUUAUUUAUGCAAUCUUUCUUUUAAAGCUUCAAAAUCCUAAUUUAUGAAAAGGUUUUGGAAGUGAGGAAGCUGAAUUCCUCACCAGUAAACACUGGCUUUAGAUUUGUUUUGGAGUGUAUGACUGUAAUACUCUACCAGCUGUUAAAUACCUGAAGUUGAAGACUAAACAUAACCACAAGGCACAGAGCUUAAAACGUAAGCUCUAAAGUCCUUCUCAACAAUAUUUCUGUUUGACACAAAAGUGCCAGAUCACCACAACUUUUUCAGCAACGUUGUAUCACUUUAAGUACAAAAUAAAAAAAAAUGAAAUGCUCAAAAGUUGCAUUUUCUAUUGUUGCUUUAAGGUCACUAAUCACAGUUUAACUUCACAUUUCAACUCUAACCACCAAAUCUUCAGAAGAGCGAUAUGGGCAAAGUUAAUAGUGGGCAAUAUGGAUCAAAUCUUUUAUCACAGUAUAUGUUAAUUUUAUAGUGUGAUAUUGAUACAUGUUGUGGUACAGUCAAUUUGGGGUUGUUUAUGGAUAAAACAGCCACAUGGGAAUGUUCUGUUUUUGGCUAAUUCAGCUAAUUAAAUACCUGACAAAUCAAGGAACAGUACUUCAUCAGAUUAAUAUAAAGAUCAGUCCAAUAAAGCCAUAAAGCAGUCCUGAUCAUUGUUUGUAACAUAUCCCUUAAUGGUCUUAUGCACGGAUAUAAAGGAAAAGUUACAGUAGAACCUUCAUUGUCACAAAUGGUUGAGUUAAAGUUAAAAU